GCAAUUGCAGUUGCAGUUACAACCGGCAAAUCUCUCGCGACCCUGCACCGUAGCAGCGUCGACGCGAGGCGGACAGCCUCUUCUUCCUCCUCCCUUUCCACCCCCCACAGAGAUCUCGCCUCUCUCCUCCUCCCUUUCCCUCUCCUUCCUUCCAGAUCUCUCCACGCGCCGCCCCGAUCUCUUCCCCCCACCCCCACCUCGUCACCGGCGGGGAGGAGGGCCCGGCCGCCGGCAGCCAUGAUCUCCUCCAGUAAGCUCAAGUCCGUCGACUUCUACAGGAAAAUUCCUAGGGAUUUGACCGAGGCAUCACUAUCUGGGGCUGGAUUGUCCAUUGUAGCAGCACUAGCUAUGGUGUUUUUGUUUGGAAUGGAACUGAGUAAUUACUUAGCAGUCAAUACUAGCACAUCUGUGAUUGUUGAUAGGAGUUCAGAUGGGGAGUUCUUACGGAUAGAUUUUAACUUAAGCUUUCCUGCACUUUCAUGCGAAUUUGCAUCAGUUGAUGUCAGUGAUGUUCUGGGAACAAACAGAUUGAACAUAACGAAAACUGUUCGCAAAUAUUCAAUUGAUCGGAAUUUAGUGCCUACUGGAUCCGAGUUCCACCCAGGACCUAUUCCUACGGUCAGCAAACAUGGAGAUGAUGUUGAAGAAAACCAUGAUGAUGGUUCAGUUCCCUUGUCCUCUCGCAAUUUUGAUAGCUAUUCACACCAGUAUCCUGUUUUGGUUGUUAAUUUUUAUGCCCCCUGGUGUUACUGGAGCAAUCGAUUGAAACCUUCGUGGGAGAAGACUGCAAAAAUAAUGAGGGAGAGAUAUGAUCCUGAAAUGGAUGGCAGAAUCAUUCUUGCCAAGGUUGACUGCACUGAAGAAAUUGACUUGUGUAGGAGGCACCAUAUACAAGGUUAUCCAUCCAUUCGCAUUUUCCGUAAAGGGAGUGAUCUUAAGGAAAACCAGGGUCACCAUGAUCAUGAAUCAUACUACGGCGAUCGUGAUACUGAGAGUUUAGUAGCGGCAAUGGAAACUUAUGUUGCAAACAUCCCAAAAGAUGCCCAUGUUCUAGCUUUGGAGGACAAAUCCAAUAAGACUGUUGAUCCUGCAAAACGCCCUGCUCCAUUGACCAGUGGAUGCAGAAUAGAAGGUUUUGUGCGGGUAAAAAAGGUCCCUGGGAGUGUUGUAAUCUCAGCUCGAUCUGGUUCCCACUCCUUUGAUCCAUCCCAGAUAAAUGUUUCCCACUAUGUAACACAGUUCUCUUUUGGCAAAAGGCUAUCGGCAAAGAUGUUUAAUGAACUGAAAAGACUAACUCCCUAUGUUGGUGGCCACCAUGAUAGAUUAGCUGGUCAAUCCUACAUUGUUAAGCAUGGUGAUGUCAAUGCCAACGUUACUAUUGAGCAUUACCUGCAAAUUGUGAAAACUGAGCUUGUUACACUGAGAUCAUCAAAGGAAUUGAAACUGGUUGAGGAGUAUGAAUACACAGCGCACAGCAGCUUGGUGCACAGCUUCUAUGUUCCUGUUGUGAAAUUCCAUUUUGAACCUUCUCCCAUGCAGGUCUUGGUAACUGAACUUCCAAAAUCCUUCUCCCAUUUCAUCACAAAUGUUUGUGCUAUCAUUGGAGGAGUUUUCACGGUUGCUGGAAUACUGGAUUCCAUCUUCCACAACACCUUGCGGCUGGUUAAGAAGGUCGAGCUUGGGAAGAACAUUUGAACAACAAGAUUAUUCUUCAGAAGCAGCCUCAAGCUUAGUGGUUGCACUAGUUUUAGUCAUUAUUUUGUUAUACCAGGGUAGGAAUUCUUAAUAUAUCAAGAUGUGAAAGAGGGUAGUGGGUUGGCAGAGGAGGAGAAGUUGGGGUCAUGAUAUAUAGUAAUAGUAGGUAGGGACCUCACUGUUUUGCUAAACGACUUCGUAAGAACAAUAAGACAGUGGAUCCUUGUUAACUAUACCCUACGUUAAUUCGUCCAGACUUGUGUUGUGUUACUCUGUUUACUGUUGUGAUGGCACCUGUCAUUACUCGUUACUC